CAUAGCUUUAUUAUUGGGUUUCUUGGUCUUAUGUUGUAGGUUCGGUUGGUGGGAGUGGAGGUGGUUUCCAUGGAGUUUCUUUGAAGCAAUUUGUUGGUUUAGUUGGUUUUGCAAUCUGUGUAUUUGGAUUAAAGCCAAGUUGAUGCAGAGAAGCUUCAUGAAAUCAUGGAAAUCUUCUUUGUAUUAUGCACUUCUUUAGCCUGAUCAGGAUUUGUUCAAAAACAUUUCAGUUGGUGUGGGGUCUUUCGAAUCAAGAAAGUCUAAUUCGUUUCAUCAUAUUUUUCAUUUUACUCCUGGAAAAGGAUUAAAUAUGCAGACCCCAAAAGCAAGAACUGCUUCUAAGGAUCUGCAGCAAAGAUCAUCUGUUGCUGCUCCCCGGGCGGGUCGAAAGCUCAAGAUUACAGCAGGUUCUGAUUCUGAUUCUUUUGCAUCUCCUAAUCCAAUUAGCACGAAUCCAAAGAGUAGGAGUUUGAAAGGAAAUGACAGACAAUCUCCACAAAGUUCUGCAUCUGAGGCUCAGCUUGUUGAACUGCAAGAGGAGCUAAAGAAGGCAAGAGAGCAGAUUAGUUCAUCCGAAUCACUGAAGAAGAAGGCGCAGCGCGAGGUAGAAGACACAAAGAAGCAGCUGGCCGCCAUGUCCGAGAAGCUCGAGGAGUCCGAGAAGCAACUCCUGGAAUUCUCGGACUCCGAGGAAGCUCGCCUGCAGGAACUGCGCAAGAUCUCACAGGACCGCGACCGCGCGUGGCAAUCGGAGCUGGAAGCCCUGCAGAAACAGCAUGAACUCGACUCCGCAGCUUUAUCGUCCGCCAUGGCUGAAAUCCAGAAGCUCAAGGCUCAGCUCGAGAGAGUAACUGGAUCCGAAUUGGCCGCCCAGGCGAGGCACGGCGAGAUUCAUCAUUUGAGAUUAGAACUCGCGGAGACGAAUGAAUUGGUUGAUGAUUUGAAAGCUGAGUUGAAUGAUAGCAAGGAAUCGGCAGCAAAAGCUCGGCAAGAACUCAGUGAAGCUCAGAUGCAGCUGGAGGUGGCACGGCUGACAGAGGAGACGCUGCGCGCCGACGUUGUUAAAGCUGAAUCAUGCAAAUCCAUGGCUUUUGAACUGGAAUUGGAGCAAUCAAAGAAUCAAGAAACUGAGAGCAAAGAUUUGAAAGCAGAGAUUAAUGAGCUAAGAUCAGCAUUGGAGAGCUCAGAGAGAAGGUACCAAGAAGAGUACAUUCAAACCACUCUGCAGAUCAGGACUGCCUAUGAGCUACUGGAGAAGGCAAAAUCAGAAUCAUCGCAGAGGGAAACACACCUGCAGGCCAAACUAAAAGCAGCAAAAUCCGAAAUCGAAUCAUUGCAGAAGGAACUGUCAAUGGGAAGGGAGUCAUCGAAACUCGAAGCAGAGCUCAAGAACUCAGAAAUGGCUUUAUCAGAGCUAAAAGCAUGCCUGCUGGACAAAGAAACCGAGCUCCAAUGCAUUGCAGAGGAGAACACAUUCUUGAAAUCAGAAAUCCAGGACAGGGAAUUAUCCAAGAAUAGCAAUGUUCUUGUUUCGCCCCCCGAACAAGAAUCAUCCUCGACGAUUGAUGAACAGGUGAGAGCUGCCCAGGCUGCAAAUCUGGAGCUGCAGGCUGAGCUGAGAAGGCUGAAAGUGCAGAACAAUCAGUGGCGAAAAGCCGUCGAGGCGGCUGCCGCCAUGCUGUCAUCAUCAACAGGCAACAAUGGGAAGCUGAUGGGGUCACCAUUGUUUGAUGACAUCAAUGAAGAUGACUCCCCCAAGAAGAAGAAUGGGAAUAUGCUGAAGAAGAUUGGAGUGCUUCUCAAAAAAGGUCAGAAAUAGAUGGAAAAAA